GCCUUGCUGAAAUCAAGAUAGGCUACAUCCACAGCGUUCCCUUCAUCUACCAGGCUUGUAAUUCUGUCAAAAAAUGAGAUCAGAUUAGUCUGACAUGACUUAUUUUUCAGGAACCCAUGCUGACUUUUAGUGAUCACAGAGUUUCUUUCUAGGUGCUCAUAGACUGUUUGCUUAAUGAUCUGCUCUAGAAUCUUUCCUGGUAUUGAUGUCAGGCUGACUGGGCGGUAAUUGUUUGGGUCCUCUCUUUUCCCCUUUUUGAAAAUAGGGACAACAUUUGCCCUCCUCCAGUCUGCUGGAACUUCGCCUGUUCUCCAGGAAUUUUCAAAGAUUAUUGCCAGUGGUUCUGAAAUCACCUCUGCCAGUUCUUUUAAUACUCUUGGAUGUAGUUCAUCUGGCCCUGGAGACUUGAAUACAUCUAAACUAGCCAAGUAUUCUUGUACUACCUCCUUACUCCUGUUGCUCAGUCCCAGCUCCUGCCAACCUAGCAGUUCGAAAGCACGUCAAAGUGCAAGUAGAUAAAUAGGUACCGCUCCGGCGGGAAGGAAAAUGGCGUUUCCAUGUGCUGCUCUGGUUUCGCCAGAAGUGGCUUAGUCAUGCUAGCCACAUGACCCGGAAGCUGUCUGUGGACAAACGCCGGCUCCCUCAGCCAGUAAAGCGAGAUGAGCGCCGCAACCCCAGAGUCGUCUGUGACUGGACCUAACGGUCAGGGGUCCCUUUACCUUUAUAUACCAUGAAGCGUACUUCUAGCCCUGAGGGAUUACUAGUUGAGCAGCUACCAGAAGACAUGCAAUUCACAUUAUAAGAUCACAAACAUUUUAAAAGCUUUAAAUAAAAAAUUCUCUUACAGAGAAAGUAAGAGACUGUCCUUGUGAUGGGAAAUAAUGCAGAAAGCUGAGAAGUGCUGGAUCCCCAAAGUUUCCUGUGCACUUGCCCAGCCUUCUGUUGACUGGCAUUGUGGAGCAAAAAUGAUUCUAUCACAUUGCACCUUUCUUUGUUGUACAAGGCAAAUCACUAGGGAAUUAAGGCUAUGGGGAAGGACUAUAGUUCAUUGGUAGAGCCCCUGUUAUCCUUGCUGCUGCUGCUGCUUUGGCGAUCACUCGUAGCUGAGUAAGAUUUAUCUUCCAUGGUCUUAGUGGUGUGUCCGUAGUUGACAGUGGAGGCCAAUUCUGGAUUCACACGUCCUUCCACAGAUGCAGGAGGUCCUGAGUUCAAGCCCUGGUGUCUCCAGGUAAUGCUGUCUGAAACCCUGGUGAGUUGCUGCCGGUCAGAGGAGGUAAAACUGAGCUUGAUGCACCAGUGGUCUGACUCAAUAAAAGGGAGCUUCCUGGUGUUACAGAUUUAGGGUAAACCCUAGAAAUUAAUAAAUGCUAGGAUUUUCGUUAUUUGUGAUAGGAAGGGAGAAUGCAAGCUGCAAAGGAGUUCCUGGGCUCGCUUAUGCAAAGCAACCUGGCUGAGCUAGAACAACUGAGGGACAUUAACAAUACAAUACAAUUGCCCCAGGUGUGAACAGAGAAUGGGGACAAGGGUUGCUGGGAGGAAGGAGAGCUGAGAUCCAUCUUGGACAUGCUUGAGGCUGCCUGCGCUGCUACCUCUUGAAAUGACCAGAUCUGGACUCCUUCCAUGCAGAGUGAAGGUGUAAAUAAACCAUAUUUCUUAAAGCCACGACAGUCUCCGAUGCGUCUUCUGUUCUCCAAAGGAGCACGGACCCUGUUGUGACUGCCUGAGACCCCAUGGGCUAUUGCCUUCGCUUGGCAGAGAGAGGGGCAGGCACCCAAGUUUUGUAACAUUAUGUUCCUGUGUUGUGGUUUCAGGACUGCCUGAUCAUGAUCACAGGUUACUGCUUUUGUCUGGUCCCCAUCAAAAUUUUAAAACCUAAUUCUGUGAAUGGCUUACCGAGAUAAAAAGAGGAUAAACUUCAUAACGUUAGCUAGACAUGCUCCAGCAUGUUUGUGCGCCUGUAUUUAAGAAAUGAGUUAUUGGACAUAUUGGCAUGGUCUUUCCUCCCUUGUAACUGAUUAAGACUUAAUUAUUUAAAAUUUCUAACUAAUGAGACCUGGAGGUUGGUUUUUUGGUGUGUUUUUUUAACCCUCUUGUCUAUUGUCUGUCAUUGGCUACAUUCCAGCUAUUCCAAGAAAACACGACAGCAGUUUUGGCAGGGAUUACUAGUCCUGAGUGCUGAAGGAGCUAUGAGCUAUUCAGGGAUGUGCUAUAAAAAUAUGCUUGUGUAUUUUCCUGUAGUGUGCAAUAGACGCUCCUCUUUUGAAGCACAGGCCAGAGAAAUAUCCCAUUGUCAAAGCCACUGCUUCGAUUUAACUGUCUGCCUUUGUUGGCACAAAAAGAAAUUACCCUGGCUUGGCCAUAAAUGGGAGGUGGGGAAUUUUGGGGCCUAUUUUUGUGAUCAGCUCAGUAAGUAAGUUGGCAAUUGAGAUGCAGGAAGAUAAUUGACACUCCUGGACCAAGUCUAUUACCAGUUUAGCAGUAUGUAAGUCCCUCCCUUUAUUGUUGGAAUAUAUCCUUGUCUGAUAAAAAAAGCAGGUCCGGAUUGUGCAUGUUGCUUAUAUUUUCAGCUCCAAUCCAUGCCAUUUCUAAGGGUUGCAUAACAGUUUGGAGAUAAAGAGCAUGUGCCUUUCCUUUCAAACUGAAACAAUUAAUCAGUAUCUGGGAAAGGAGUAAGAUGCAACUCCCCACUGCAGAGGCAAAGGCACUGUCGGCAGACGAGAUUUUGAGUGAUUUAAAUGCUUGUUCAAUCUGGGUCUUUAAAUUUAAGAAGCAGAAGUAUCGCAAUGUGUUUCCAAGGACAGAGGAGGAGUCCUGCCCAUGCAUCCCAAUCAGCCUACCAUUGGCUAGUUCUGUCUGGGAGUCAUCCUUAAUUGGCUUUCGGAAGGAGUGGAUUCACUGAAACAGCAUGCCUUUUAUUGCUUUGCUAGUCGUCUCUAUGCACCGACUCUCAUUAAGGUGUGGAUGACUGGGAGCUGAUCCACUGAGGAUUUUUUUAAAUUGUCUUCUUAAUUUUGCAAGUGGCCUGGACAAGAGUUUCUAAGCUAAAUUACCUGUGACUGACAGAAAUGAGCUUGUACGGAAGAAGGGCAACCUUGCCUGUGGUUACUCCAAUAGUUCUGCAAAAACGGGUAAUCAAAAUAUAUAGUGAGGAUGACUCUAGCAGAGCUUUGGAAGUACCAAGUGAUAUAACAGCCAGAGAUCUGUGCCAGUUGCUCAUACUAAAGAACCAUUAUGUGGAUGAUCACAGCUGGACUAUGUUUGAACAUCUCACUUCCUUAGGUUUAGAGAGAAUAAUUGAAGACCAUGAAAUGAUGAUUGAAAUCCAGUCAAGAUGGGGAAUUGAAGAAGGCAAUAGAUUUUAUUUUAGAAAAAAUUAUGCCAAAUACGAGUUCUUCAAAAACCCUGAGACUUUCUUCCCUGAACACCUGAUAUCCUUCUCAAAUGAGAUCAAUGGAGCCACGAGCCACACGCAAAUACUGCAGAUGUUUUUAAGUUCCAGUACAUAUCCUGAAAUUCACAGUUAUUUACAUGCUAAGGAGCAAGGGAAAAAAACCUGGAAAAGGAUGUACUUUUUGCUGCGAAGAUCGGGUCUGUAUUUUUCCACUAAGGGGACGUCAAAGGAGCCAAGGCACCUGCAGCUUUUCAGUGAAUUCAGCAGUAGUGACAUAUAUGUGUCUUUGACAGGCAAAAAGAUAUCUGGAGUGCCAGUCAGCUAUGGGUUCUGCUUUAAGCCUCAGAAAGCAGGAGGAGCCAGAGACCUGAAACAACUUUAUGCAGAAAGUGAACAAAAUAGGACCUGCUGGGUGACAGCAAUUCGGUUGCUUAAGUAUGGGAUGCAGCUUUACCAGAAUUACAUGCACCCCUAUCAAGGUAGAAGUGGGUGCAUUUCUCGGAGCACACCUGUGAGAAGUGUUUCAGAGAAUUCUCUAGUGGCCAUGGACUUCACAGGACAUAAAUCCAGAGUGAUUGAAAACCCCACCGAAGCCCUUUCAGUUGCAGUGGAAGAAGGAUUAGCAUGGCGGAAAAAAGGGUGUCUGCGACUUGGUUCUCACAGUAGUCCCAAUACUCUGCAGAAUGUGCCAUCGAAUAUAGCCAUACACAGUUCACAGCCAUGGUUUCACCAUAAGAUCUCUAGAGAUGAGGCACACCAACUAAUUUUGCGACAAGGACUGGUAGAUGGUGUUUUCUUGGUACGGGAUAGCCAGAGUAACCCCAAAACCUUUGUGCUGUCACUGAGCCAUGGAUUGAAAAUAAAGCACUUUCAAAUUGUACCCUUGGAAGAGGAAGGCAAGCUGUUUUAUACUCUGGAUGACGGCCACACCAGAUUUUCUGAUCUCAUUCAACUAGUGGAGUUCUACCAGCUCAAUAAAGGCAUCCUACCUUGCAAGUUAAAACAUUACUGUGCCCGAAUUGCAUUUUAACCAAAAUGUUAACACCUCACCAAAGCCUCGUAGGAUAGAAAGGCUGAAUGUUCCUUUUGACAAAGAUUUGUAAAUGAAUGGAGUAAACAAAAAGCCAGUGAAUGUAAAUUUCAGCUUGCAAAGAAGGAUUUGUAUUCACCAUAGCAAAACAAAAUUCAGUACUUUUGUGUUAGAGCUGGCUAAUCAACAGUUGAUCUUCCACAAAAUGAAUUUGAAGCUGAAAUUGUAACGCUGCAAUCCUAGGGAGUAUUUUUCAAAUGCCAAUAAAUGUCUUUUUCACUAGUUUCCUUUAUCCCUUUCAAGGUGUGUCUCAUUUUAAGGCAAAUCCUUUUUACACAAUUAUUGUAAAUCAUAAAAAAAGACACAAACGUGGUGGGGUGCAAAGAGACCAAUCGGCUUGCCUCACAUUUUUUGCACUGUAUUUUUGGAUUCUGUUUCAAAGUUUGCCAGUUGAAUCUUCAACAGAUUUGGAAAAUGGUGGGAGUAAAGUGACAAAAUUUUGGGCAGUA